CCAAUCAUUGCAGGUUUUAACCUGGCCCUGGACUGCCCCUCUGCGGCCUUCGCCAGAAUUGUCCUCCCCCACCCUGUGAUUUUUGAGUCUCUCUUGGACGUUUCCUGCGCCAUCCUGGCCAGCGCGUGGACUUCCACCCCAGCCUGGCACUCUGACCCAGAUAGCGUCAUUUCAUCUCCCCUGUCGUCCGGAAUCAAAGUUCUCCAACUACUAAGUAAAAAGGCCUGGAGAACCAACCGCACCAGGCAUUCUAGAAGCACUGUGGUCUGCAGAUAACCCCCUUUACCGGAGUCAUGGCACCUCUCAUGAAGGGCCAAGUGUGUGUGGUGACUGGUGCCUCGAGGGGUAUUGGCCGUGGCAUUGCCUUGCAGCUCUGCCAAGCAGGUGCCACGGUUUACAUAACUGGCCGCCACGAGGACACCCUUCGGGUCGCUGCUGAGGAGGCACAAUCCCUUGGGGGCCAAUGUGUGCCUGUGGUGUGUGAUUCAAGCCAGGAGAGUGAAGUGCGAAGCCUAUUUGAGCGAGUAACUCGGGAACAGAAUGGACGUCUAGAUGUGCUGGUCAAUAAUGCCUAUGCUGGGGUUCAGGCAAUCCUGAACGCCACCAGUAAGACAUUCUGGGAACUCCCUGCCUCCAUAUGGGAUGAUAUCAACAAUGUUGGACUCAGAGGCCACUACCUGUGCUCAGUGUAUGGGGCACGGCUGAUGGUACCAGCUGGCCGGGGGCUUAUCGUGAUCAUCUCCUCCCCUGGGGGUCUGCAGUACAUGUUCAACGUCCCCUAUGGUGUGGGAAAAGCUGCGUGCGACAGACUGGCUGUUGACUGUGCCCAAGAGCUACGGCGCCAUGGAGUCAGCUAUGUAUCUCUGUGGCCAGGGAUGGUGCAGACAGAACUGCUGCAGGAUUAUGUAACAAAGGACGAGCAUCCUAAGGAUCCUGUGUUCAGUCGGUUUAAACGAAUUUUCUCAGCAGCAGAAACCACAGAAAUGAGCGGCAAGUGUGUGGUGGCACUGGCAACAGACCCUAAUAUCCUGAGCCUGAGUGGGAAGGUGCUGCCAUCAUGUGACCUUGCUCGACGCUAUGGACUAAAGGAUGUGGAUGGCCGCCCUGUCCACGACUAUUUGUCUAUGAGCUCUGCUCUCCAGCACGUCUCCAGCCUGAGCUGGUUGGCCUCCUACUUGCCUGGAUUCCUUCGCAUGCCCAAGUGGCUUAUCACCCUCUACGCCAGCAAGUUCUGACCCUCCUGGCCUGAUACCAGAGCUCCGCUUCUCUGCCCACUUGGGCUCUGAUAAUUGGGCCCAAUGGAACAAAGCAGCCUUGUUCACCUACCACUGCCCUUGGUUUCUGUGGGGUAUGCGUGGUGAGUUCUGGGGGCCUCUGUGUCCCUGGGAUUUCUUUAUCCUUAACUUUUACUUUUUGUCUUAGUAUCAAAAAAUACUCUGGAGGCAAAUAAAGGUUCUCAUUUCCCCUUCA